AUGAAGACCGACGAGCUCAAGGCCCUCCCGGCCAUUCUGGCCGGCGACUUCAAGACUAUCGAGCCGCAUCUGCUGGCUCUCGACAAGCACCUCAUUCUCCGAACAUACUUGGACGGCUACCAAUUGGGCGACAACGAUCGCAAGAUCUGGGUGACUCUGCGAAGCAACCGUGCCGCGACCUCUUUUAUCCUCAAAGGAAGUCUUGCCAACCUGCUACGAUGGUUUGCCUGGGUCGAGGCCAAUCAUCCCGAGAUUCAGGGAGACAUCAAGGCCGCUGAGGCUGCGAAGAAGGCCAAGACGGCAGCGGCAAGCAAGGCUGGUGGAAACUUCAAUCUUGCACUUCAGGACACCGAGAAAGGCGUCGUCACACGUUUCUUGCCCGAGCCUUCGGGCUACCUACACAUUGGUCACGCGAAGGCGGCCCUACUCUCCGACUACUUUGCCCACCAAGCAUACAAGGGCAUCCUCCGUCUCCGUCUAGAUGACACUAAUACUCGCACCGAAAAAGGAGAAUAUCAGGAUAGCAUAAUUGAGGAUUUGGCCCUCAUGGGCGUCAAGCCCGACAAGCUCAGCUAUACCUCCGACUACUUCGACUAUCUCUAUGACAUGUGCAAGCGCCUAAUCAGCGAGGGUCAUGCUUACGCCGAUGACACAGAUCAGGAGACAAUGCGGGACGAGCGUUUCAAGGGAAUCCCAUCCAAGCACCGAGACAUGAGCAUCGAGGAAACGCUUAGGAUAUUCGAGGAGAUGAAGCAGGGAUCCGAAGAGGGCAAGAAGUUCUGCAUUCGUGCCAAGAUUUCCUUUGACAACCCAAAUAAGGCCAUGCGGGACCCCGUCAUCUACCGUGUCAACACGGAUGUUCCUCACCACAGAACAGGCACUACCUGGAAGAUGUAUCCCAUGUACGACUUCGCGUGCCCAGUCGUAGACAGCCACGAGGGCAUCACCCAUGCUCUGAGAUCGACCGAGUACACAGACCGUAAUCCUCAGUACCAGUGGUUCCUUGACACUCUGAGGUUGCGGCAGGUUCAUAUGUGGGACUUUGCCCGCAUGAACUUUAUCCGCACCUUCCUCUCCAAGCGAAAGCUUGCUAAGCUAGUUGAUACUGGGCGAGUUUGGGGCUGGGAUGAUCCUCGUAUGCCCACUAUUCGUGGUGUAAGAAGACGAGGCAUGACUAUUGCGGCUCUGCGUGACUUCAUUAUUAAGCAGGGACCCAGUCGGAACGUCACAACUAUGGACUGGACGGUGUUUUGGGCGUCUAACAAGAAGGAGAUCGACCCUAUUGCACCACGACACACUGCGAUCUUGCAGAAGGAUGCCGUCCGUGUGACGGUGACUGGAGCCGAUGCACCAAUUGAGCCUUACACUAUCGACAAGCCCAAGCACCCCAAGAACGCCGCUGUUGGAACAAAGAAGGUAGCUUUCUCGAACGAGCUGAUAUUGGAUCAAGCCGAUUUGGCUUUGAUGAAGCCAGACGAGGAGAUCACUCUCAUGGCAUGGGGUAAUGCUUUUGUCAAGACCAUCGAUGAUUCCAAGCCUAUCAAGACAGCGACGGUCGAGUUGAACCUAGCGGGAGAUGUCAAGAAGACCGAGAAGAAGGUCACUUGGUUGGCGACCAAGGGUCAGGAACUGAUCCCUGCUGAGCUCUGGACAUUCGAUGACCUGAUCACCAAGGACAAGCUGGAGGAGGACGACAACCUUGAAGAAUUCCUGACGCCCGUCACCGAGACCAUGGAUGAUGCAUGGUGCGAUGGCGCGGUUGCUGAGCUGAAGCAGGAUGAUAUCAUCCAGCUCGAGCGUCGAGGCUACUACCGUGUCGACAAGGGCUUGGGUGACUGGAAGGACGGUGAGGAGGGACCGAAGGGCAAGAGGAUCGUUCUGUUCCUCAUCCCCACUGGAAAGACCGGGAGCAAGUAA